UAAUAAUUAUAAUUAUUUCUUUCCUUUUGCAAUGAGGUUACAUCUACAAUUAGAUAAAUGCUGGAAGAAAAGCAGACUUAGCUUUGUUCAUUUUAUGGCUAGGAAUGUCUCUUGCUUUUUCUUCAUUGACUGUUUGAUGGCAUCCUAUUGAAGUAACGCGGAAUAGAUAAACUUCGUAUAGAAUGAGUGACCAGGAUCAGAGUUUUCAGCGCAGGUGGGAGUUCAGAAGGGCUGAACACGAUGUUGACUCAUCGAGUGAGGAUCACCACUCGAGACCAAGUUCUAUAAGUGAGCCAAAACUUAUGAACAAAUUUUCCGAGGAUAAUACCAAGCAAGCAAUGCUUAGUCCAACAUCAUUUCCUAGAGUAGAAAAAGAAAAUCACUCGAGUUUUGAAGAAUGUACUCGAAAACCUAACACAAGAACCAAAGUGCACGAGAGAAAAAUACGGUCUAGGAUAACUAAGCGAACAGUCUGUAACCAAGAGCCGUCAGAGGCUGCUGCAUCAACUGAUAUGAAAGGGUACAUGGAUUCAUUGGUUGAAGAAAUUAGAAGCACCCGAAAAGACUUGCUUGUAUGGAUGACUAACGAAAUAAAGUCGUCCUCAAAGGAUAAUAUCAUUACAUUCAAGCCUAGCGGGACUAGAAAUGUGAAAAGGCAAACUGUCAAGACUCGAAAACCUCCAAGAAAAAACCCGAAUAACGGUAAGAAGAGAAGAUCAGGCCGUGCAAUCAUUAAGAAUCGCGAAGAUGAGUCUUCUGACAGGGAACCUCCUGCUACAAAUGAAGUUGUCGCACAAACGAAUAUAGUAGAAAAUAUUGUGACUGACGCUGUUUCUGUCGAAAAGGUCGAGAAACAGAAAGGAAAGAGUUCGAGAGUGUCUAACAAGAAGCAGAAAUUCGACAGUAGUAAAACUGAGGAUCAGACUGAUAAGGCAGUUACAGGUACUGCUAAUAGUUGUGUGACACUGCCUACUGUCGUGUCCCAAAAACAAGUCGAAAACAGUGGGAGGAAUCCAUUUGAAGACAGUAGUGUUGGAAUAAGAACCGAACUGAAUUCGUAUCAGCAGAGUUUUGAUCCAAGAGCUAAGCAGAAAGAUCCAUUUUUUACCCAAAAUGGUAUGAGGGAUGUGAGUGAUUAUGAACAGAAUACAUGGGCGAGUAUGGGUAAUGGUAACGGUAAUGGAAAUGGAAAUGGGUUUUCGUUUCAACCAUCGAAUGGCGGUAUUGGGAUGCAAAAUAUUCCAAAUCAUUUUGGGCUUCAGUAUCUUACUCAGGGAAAUAGCAGAAUUUCAGGAAUGUUUAGGGAACCUCCGGGAUUUUCUAAUGGAAAUCAUGCUUUUAUGGAAACUUAUGGAGCUUUGAAUCAACAUAUGAAGUUUAAUGUUCAACAAGGGGGAGUCAUGGGAUUACAAUGUCCUGAUAUCAGAAUGGCAGCCUUCAACCAGGGAAAUAUGGCAAGUAAAUAAGUUUAUUUUUCGUGUAUUUGAAUAAACCCGAAAAUAAGUCACAAAUAGAUCAUGUUAGUACAAUAGUACUCCUCCGUUCCAUUGGAGUUUUUACUUUUGCACCUGCAAUACGAGAGUUCUUUAUAACAUACGUAGCAAAUUUAAUGAGACAGAGGGAUCAGGUUCCAAACUAGGGAUCAAGGGUUGUCAUUAAUUUUUGAUGUAAUUUCUUAAUGAAAAUAGAACCUUUACAAAUUUAAGUUUUCAUGCAUAUUCAAUCAAAUUCUUACUAUGUU